AUUGUCAAAAUCAUGACGUAGGUUAUGAAGUCAGGCUGUGGAGCAGAUGGUCCGGCUUUCAACGCAUCGCCGCGCAAACUACAAAAGAGUCUGGCGAGCACUUCCAGAAUACCAUCAAGACCGUUCUGCAGCAAAUCUCGCCUAAAUCAGCCAUUUACCGUACUACAAGCUCAUUUCAACCAAACCACCCAACUCAACAUGUCUGGACACUCAAACGUUGGUACUUCGGCCGUGUACGAGGCUGGCGACCAGCGCAACGUGAAGCGCUCUGAGCAAGACACCGCUGUGCCCUACGAAGAGGGCAAGAUCAACUCCCACAAGCUCACCGACCCCAAGGACGAGAGGUCCAUUUCCAACCGACUCGCCGCCGAAGAGCGUCAGGGAGAGAAGCCUGAUGACAAGGAGACUGCCAUGUCCAAGAAGGACCCUACGCUUCCGGCCAGGAUGCACGGCAAUGAGCCUUCCAAAGGAGCCAAGAUUGACGCUCAGCUGCAGGCAGAGGACGAGCAGAGGCUGCGGGAGAAGCAGGGUAAAUAAAUGCAUUAUUAUCUAUCAAGAUCUGCAUGGGCGUUAGGUAUGCGCCGCGAGCGCACCAGCGCAAUCAAUUCUCAGUGUUUGUCAC